UGACGGGCUUCAUUGUUGCGAAAUACCCACAGAGGGAGGGCCACUUGAUUUGAACGUUUCGUUUUUCUAACGAGAUUUUAGUUUUAGUUUUUGAGCAUCAGAGGAAAAAGGCUAGAUGUUGCCCAGGCUUGUCCAGCUCCUGGUGCUGCUCCUCGCCGCCCUCAUGGCCACCAGAGCGAGGUCACUGAGCAAACGACAAGCUGUUACGUUCACCGGGGUCCUCCCCGGCAACUACACCAUCCCUUACUUCAUCGACUCCCGCGGCCGCUACAUCCUCAUGACACCCGCCAACUUCCCGCAGCUCUUCCGACCGGCCAUCCCCGCCGGACAGGGUCAAGGUCAACAGACGGCAGGUCAAGGUCAAGGCCAACAGCCGACAGGUCAAGGUCAACAGCCAGCAGGUCAAGGUCAACAACAAGCAGGUUAAGGUCAGCCUCCAGCAGAUCAAGGUCAGCUAGGAUUAGUGUACGACGAGAGAGUAUUGUUCAAUUUGCGUGGCGUGUGACGUCACAGCUCUAAGGGAAAUACGAUGCUGUAGUUCACUUUGA